AUGGGUUUGAAGGCUCGUGAAGGAUGCUGUAAGAAUGUGAUGAAAUUCUUAUUUUCUCACGUUGGGCUGUGUGGAAUGGUAGUUCUUUACUGUGUAGCGGGAGGUUUCAUCUUUGAACAUCUUGAGAAAAAUAACGAACAACAAAUAUGUUACGACUCGAAGGAGGAAUAUGAACCAAUGGAGAACAAAACCCUUACGAACAUGUUAAACGUCAUCACCGAGAAUGACGGAAAUCCGGAUAAAUCUGUCAUGACAAUUCAGCUCCGAGUUUUACUGGAGACAUUUCGGGACAACAGUAUCGCAAUAGGAUAUGACGGAAGUGUUUGCGCAGAUUACGGAAAGGCGGACGGUCCAAAGUACAAGUGGUCCUGGCCGGGAGCUCUGUUCUUCUCUGUUACCGUCAUCUCUACUAUAGGUUACGGACACAUUGCGCCUAAGACAUUCUGGGGCCGACUGGUGUGUAUCGCCUAUGCUGUCUUGGGCAUCCCUCUCAUGUUACUGUGUCUGGCCAACAUCGGGGACGUAUUAGCAGAUAUCUUCAGAUUCAUUUACGCCAAGAUAUGUUGUUGUGGAUGCUGCAGACGCAAAGACAAAACUAAAGUCGUACAGAUCAAACCUGUGGCCAAGGAACCGGAAGGAGCAUGGCGAAGCGACAAAACUGGAAACAUUGUAAUUCCAAAAGCACCGCCCAUGCAACACGAGUUUAGCAAGAUACCUCCAAAAACACCCGACAGCAUGAAGGGUAUGACAAACGGCCACCCAGAUGACGUCAAACCUGUCCGAAUCAUUCCAAUGGAUGUUAAGUCGUACAACACUAAGCACGAACCCCAAAGACCAAUGCCUGUACGUAAUGAUCCUGCUCUUGACGACGACAGCGAUGACGAAGAUGACGAUUUCGACGAGAAAAAGAUCACGGUUCCACUUACCGUAACUAUGGUUGUAAUUGCUGGAUACAUCUUCGGUGGUGCCGUCCUCUUUGGAUUGUGGGAGAGCUGGGAUUGGCUGCAGUCUGCUUACUUCUGCUUUAUAACACUCAGCACAAUUGGCUUCGGUGACGUAGUUCCAGGAACUGAUUUCGACAAUCCCCAGGCGCAGGCGCAACUCGUUCUUGGUGCCAUCUAUGUCCUGUUCGGAAUGGCGAUCUUAUCCAUGUGUUUCUCUCUCAUGCAGGAUGAGAUUAUCGCAAAAUGUAAAUGGGUUGGACAGAAAUUGGGCAUCUUAGAUAAAAAUGAUGACGAGUAG